AUGUCCACAACCACAACCACAACCCCCACCACAACAAUAAGCACCAGUCGUCACCACCACCACCGUGGCCACCGCCUACGCAACUUCCUCCUACCCAACGGCCGGGAAGUCCACAUAGCGCUCUCACCCGAGGAAGCAGCAUCUCUCAAGCAGCGCCUCUCCGCCGUCCGCAAUGGCGAGCCUUUUGACCUCCUGCUCUCGGGGUCGCCAGAGCACUUGGAGGCACUGCGGCAGGCACAUACGCAUAAUAAGUCCCGGAGAGAGAUGCUGAGGGAGAGGCAUGGGAGUGCGUAUGAUGAAUUUGAGAGUGUGAGGAGUGAGCUUGAUGCGUUGGGGAGUGAGUUGCAUAUGUUGACUGAUCAUGCUGUUAGCUUGGAUGCGAAUUUUAGUAAGUAUGGGUACAGUGCCCAUUUGAGAACGUAUGAUGAUACGAGUGGGGGGCCCAGUGAGACGAGCAGUGUUAGUGGGUGGCAUGGGGGUGAUGAGCAUGAGAAGAAGGAUUGGGAGAAGGAGAGGAGGAAUGGGAGGAUUAUGAAAGUUUAUAAGAAACCAACUGUGAGGCAGUAUUUCCAUAAAGGUCUCUUGUGGCGAGCUUCGGAAAAUACUGAUGUCGCUUCGUUUGAGCUUUUCGUGGACUUGCUUUAUGUUGGCAUUAUUGCUAUUAAUGGCGAUCAUGCUGCUGAGGGCCCAACUGGUUAUGAGCUUCUACGCUUCACCAUCACUUUUAUGAUGAGUUGGAAGAUUUGGAGUGAUCUUGCGACUAUUAUUAGUUGGUUUGAGACGGAUGAUAUUAUGCAGCGGCUAUUUGUACUGUUUGUUAUGUCUUGUCUUCUUGGCCUGACAACAAAUAUGCUUGACUUCUUCGACCACACAUACUCGCAACUCAUCUCCUUCUAUCUCGCUGCGCGCCUCUUCAUGGCGAGUUACUUUUUCUUCCUCUCCUUCAUAAUUCCCAUGGUCCGCGGCAUGAUGUACCUAAACGCCGUCAUGACAGUGAUCCCAGCCACCCUCUGGAUAGCCAGCGUCCACAUCUCCAUGCCCCUGCGCCUAGCCCCCAUCUGGAUCGCGCUAGCCCUCGAUCUCGUCGGCGUCAUAUCCGUAUACCUGCUCAUAAAAAGCAAACAAGCCUUUCCUCGAUCCGCGGAAGAAUGGAUCGACCGCGCAUUCGAAUUCAUCCCCGCUCUUAACAUCGAGCAUAAAGUAGAGCGGACAAACGCGUUCGUGACCCUCGUUUUCGGGUAUAGUGUCGUGGCGGUUAUCUAUCAGAGCGCGGCGCCUUUCGGCUUGAAUGCUUACUAUGGGAAGGCGGCGCUGGGGUUGAUCCAGGCGUUUUGCUUCAAUUGGAUCUAUUUCGAGCUUGAUGGCGCAGAUUUGUUUGCGCAUGCUAUUAGGCGCUCUGCUAGUGCUUCAAUGGUUUGGAAUACCAUACACCUCCCUUUCAUCAUGUCCUUCGUGCUCGGCGCGGCUGCACUCUCUAAGCUCGUCAUUGCGCACGAUUGUCAGGAUACGGAAGUGGAUUAUCUGACUGAGACCUACAUGGCGAAAUCAGAUGAUGAGAUCCCGAUCGGACUACGUUGGUUCUACUGCACUGGUCUCGGAAUAGCUUUACUGUGCAUGGGCAUAAUCUCCCUCUCCCACAUCCACAAAGACGGGCCCCUUGGGCAGCGUCUCCGCAAGAAACACCGCAUGGCGAACCGCUUCUGCGUCUGCGCCAUCCUCUUCUGCCUGCCUACAUCCCGUGCCCUCAAUUCCCUGCACCUCAUCGCCAUUGUGACCGGCCUGAUUGUAUGGGUGCUGCUGCUAGAGUUGUGGGGCUGCAGUUGUCCGGAAGAGAGCUUUUUUGGCGAGAAGAAGGGUUGUAGGUAUACGGCUAGGUGUAGGGCUGCGAGAGGCGAGGUGGGUGAUGCGGAGGGAGAGGCGAGGAAAGGGG